UCAUUGUUACCUGGCCAUCAGGGGGCGCUGCAGCGGAACACUGGAGGCCGAGCAGACAAAAAGCCCGACGUCCAAGAAUCGGCGGAAGCGGAAAUGAGGCUCUUUUGUUUUGAAAGAGGGAAAUUUAAAACUCGACGGCGUUAAUCAAAAGUAAACAAACAAGCGGAAUACAGUCAACAAAAACAGGCGAAAAUGACCGCAAUCUGACAUCUUUCGACCCCAAAUGUAAAGGUCUCUUCACACCAACAUGAAGAAGAAGGUCAGAAGGUCACAGGUGUCAGACGCCUGCAGCAUCCAGGAGGAUUGUUGUGCCCUGUGCAGAUUUAGUGACGAUGAUCCUGCCAUUUUUGGGGAAAAGGUCAAACUUAAAGAGCACAAACUCUCUGUCCACUACUUCUGUUUGCUGACGUCCUGUGGAGUUUACCAGCGAGGAAAGGAGGACGAGGGAGUGUUUGGUUUCCUCGUGGACGACAUCAAACAGGAGAUCCGCCGGUCGGCUCGACUGACAUGUUGCAGCUGUAAGAAGAAGGGAGCGUGUGUCGGCUGUAACGUCCGGAGCUGCAGGAAAACGGUUCACUUCCCCUGCGGGAGGAAACAGAAGUUCAUCUCCCAGUUUACCGGCCUCUUCCCGUCGUACUGUCCAGACCACAGUCCCACUCAGUCUCUGUAUGUGGGUUCAGACCUCAGUCUGCCUCAGUCCUGCUCCAUCUGUUUGGACUCCAUCGAUCCCAUCCUGUCCUACUCUGUCCUCAAAUGUCCGUCCUGCCACGCCAGCUGGUUCCACCGGGACUGUGUACAGCGUCAGGCCCACAGUGCAGGCCUCUUCUUCUUCAGAUGUACUCUGUGUAACAACAAGGAGAACUUCCAAGAGGAGAUGCUCAGGAUGGGAAUACACAUCCCAGAGAGAGAUGCCUCAUGGGAGUUGGAGGCAAACGCGUAUUCAGAGCUGCUGGAGGUUUACAAGCACUGUGAUGCUCUCACCUGCCUCUGCAACGAUGGGCCCACACACUCAGCAAAGACCGGGUGGUUUGAGGUGAUUCGCUGCCGGCUGUGUGGAUCCAGAGGGACUCAUAGGAAGUGUUCUGGGCUGAAGUUGGACACCAGAGACUGGGCCUGCAGCGACUGUACACAGGCUACUGAUGGGAAAGCCUCCCUGGUUGCAUCUCCUCAGGGCGGUCAGAGGAUGAGUCUGCUGUCCAAGCGCCACCCGUCCCCCAUCCGCUCCUCAAUCAGCUGUAAGAGACCUUCGUUACCUGUCACAUCGGGAUCACCCGAGGAGCUCCUGCAGGCUUUGGCCCCUCAGCUCCGUCCCCUCGGUGUCCAGGUGGAGGUGAGCGGGUAUCAGGCUCUGUUUGCUGGUCUGGAUCUGGUCAGGAAGCCCGACUUCGACCCCACACACACUCUCUCUGUCAGGUUCAAAGACGAGAAGCAGGCUGCAUUUCCCAGCAGCCUCCGGGACGGCGAAACAGCCAGGUUGUACUUCUUGAAGCUGUUGGUGCGGCAGAUCCAGGACUCUGUGGUGUUUGAGGGUCCAGAUGGUUCCAAAAAUCUGGCACUGGAUUCCCAGGCUCUGCGUGAGGAUCUGUAUUUUGACGUCGGCUGCCUGCUGGCGCUCUCUCUGGUUCAUGGUGGACCACCCGUCAGCUUCUUCUCCCGCGCCCUCUACCAGUGUCUGUUCAACUACCCGCCCAACCGGCCGCUCACCGUCACACACAUGACCCCCGACACACACUUCACUCGCCAAGUCAGCAGGAUCGCAGAGGCGGAGUCUUUGGACGACCUGAAGGAAGCCAUGACCUCAAGCUGGGAGUACUUGGAGCUGGCCGGCUGCAACCGACCAAUCGGCAGCCUGGAGGAGAGAGAGGCUUUGGUGGAGGAUUUGGUCAGCUUCACCAUGAUCACCAGGAUGCAGCUGCCACUGCAGAGGUUCCGGGAAGGCUUGCAGACUUUAGGUGUCUUUGAUCAGGCGCAGCUCUUCCCGUCAGUGUUCUGCGGUGUUUUCUGCGAAGCAGCGGAUCGUCUCACGGCUCAGACGGUCGGUCAGCUCUUCACCGUCAACUUCUCGCAGCAGGAGGAGAGACUGAACAGAGAGACGCCUGUCAUCACCUUCUGGAGACACUUCCUGCUGGAGUGUGAAGUUGGGAGGAGCUCCAUUUCCCUGCAGGACCUCCUUCUCUUUGCCACAGGAGCUGAGGAGCUUCCAGCAGCUGGCUUCCUCCCUCCUGCCUCCAUCUCCUUCCUCCACCCACGCAGCUCCACCCCACCGGGAGUCAAGGAGACAGGCAGACCAGGGAGGGAUGAGGGGCUCUUCCCUCAGAGCGAGCCCAGGUCCAAACACCUCCUCCUGCCUGUCACCUCCUCCUACCAGGCCUUCAAAAGCUCCAUGGAGCAGGCCAUCAGCCACCAUGUGCACCUCCUCCCUAUGGAGAGUUAGAGGAGGAGGGACGUGGACAGUUGAGGAUCAGAAAAUCUACCGAGAAUUUUUAAUGAUCUACGUUUAAAGAUAAACGCCCUGAUUUUUUUUUUUUUCAAUUAGAAAUCUGUUGGUCACAGCUGCAGCUACCAAUUAUGUCUGAUUGUAAAGGUACUUUAGCCCCCCCGCUGCAAUUCGCGUCAAAAAUCACACUCCUGGGAAUCAUGACGCCGUCGAAUCCGACCACAAAGACAUGAUACACGUACUUUUACAUCCAGUGUGACUUACACUUUCUGAGGACAUCAUAUAGCCAGUGUCCAUCGAGAUUUAAUGUCCAUUAAUCUGCUUAGAAAUCAUAGAAUCGUUAACAACGCGGGGCUGAAGUUGUAGCCCAGGUUACACUUUGUUCACGUGUGAUGGGAACAGUUGUCUCACUUUUAGUCUGAGGGCGGGCCCACGGCUUCAGACCCCUGCUUCAACAAAAUCAGGGAUUUCAUCUUCAAGUCAAUUUAAAAUCAAUGAUAUAUGUUUCUCUUUAUAUCUGAUACCGAGUAGGGUGAUAUGACCAAAUAUACGGGACACAAAAUACAUGUGUCUUCUAGACUUUUCUGUGCCACUUUUGACCCAGAGCAAUGUUGUAAAUUAAUGAGCAGGACUGAUGUAUGGCAAUAUUAAGCUUUACGUCAUUUUUUUUGCAUCACCAUGAUAAACUAAAUUUGUCAGAUUAGCCAGGUAUUUUAUUUUUAUUUUUUUUAAUGCACCAACAGUUUGUCAAUCUAUUUCUCCAGGAAAUUGACCAUAUUACAAUUAAGGCUCCAAUCAACAGUCAUUUUAAUUAAAGAUUUUUUUUUUAAAUUAAUUGCUCGAUGGUUUGGUCUAUGACUUGUCAGAAAACAGUGAAAAAUCUCAAUCUUUUAUUUUUUUAGUUUCCUAAAAUCCCAGGUGACAUCUUCAAACGUCUUGUCUUGUCUGACCAACGGUCCAAAACCCAACGAUACUCAUUUUACUGUGAAAUAAAACAGAGGGGAAAAGAAGCAAAUCCUCAUCAUUUAGAAGCUUGAACUGUUUGUUUGCAAUGUUUUUUGCAUUUUAGCUGGAAAAAUUACUACAAUGAUUAAUUGAUUAUCCAAAUGGUUGAUCUCCCGAUCGACGAAUUAAUUAAUCAACUAAUUGUCUUAAUUCUAAUUGCAAUGUAGCUCGACAUUGUGAUAUAACAUUUAAUAUGCCAUGGUUUUACCCACAUGAACGACUCCUACUGAGUUUGUUUUGAAACUUUUUAGUCUGUCAGACAGGUCGUGUUACUCACUAAAGAAGCUGAUAAAUGAAACGUUAUCAGAUCUGUUGGGAGCAACGAAGCUAAGACCUAAAACUGCAGGUAGCAUUAAAAAGUCUGAAAUGCUCCUUUUUGAAACCUUUUUUUUUUUUUUUCUUCCUGCACAUCACUUUUACAUCCAACUCAGAUGUCACAUGAGGAAAUGAUCGUAUUUUAUAAAAAGCAAAAUAUCUUCCAUGUGUUCUUUCUCUAAAAGCUAUGGUGCUGAUUUUAUAACUUUGCCUUAAGAGCUGUUUUUAGAGCAGUCGUAUACAUAGUUGGUUUUUUAAAAGUUUUUAUUGAUGGUUUGUGUUUGUUUGUCUUGUUACUCGUGUUAUUAUCUUUUCUUUUUUGCUUUUUUUGGAUAAUGAACAAAGUGUGAAAAGCACGAGCUGAAUGACACUGAUCAGAUUUGGACCAAAUUUGAUAACAUACCACUCUUUUUGAGUGACUGAUUAGUGUUUGUUUUUCUCAUGUAAUGUCUCAAAUAGUGCUUAAGAUUUUCACAAAACUGUUUUGUCAAGAAUUGUGGUUUUUAAGGAGUAAAAAAAAACAAAAAACCUUAACAUUUCAAAGUAAAAUUACUCAUACCCUGUAAUUUGUACCUUAAAACCUACCCGGCAAAUUGCAAAGUCAGGGGUUCACCUCAAAUUUAGGUUGAUUAAUGGAUUGUUAUGCAUUAAAGACCUUUUUAAUGGAUUAUCUCAGUUUUAGGGGUUGUAACACAGAUGCCAUGGACGUAUUCCCUGGAUUUUCACCUUAAUUGAACAAAUACGGCACCUUUAGGAAGUAACUAAGUAAAUAUAUUUUAAUACUGCACUUAAGUACAGUUUUGAAGUACUUGUACUUGAGUAUUUUCAUGUUCAUUUUGUUUUAUUUUAUUCUUACUUUUUGCUUCUCCUCCACUACAUUUCAGAGGCAAAUAUCAUUCUUUUUACUGCUUUACAAACAACUUUAAUUACUUUGCAGAUUCAGAUUUAUUAAUAAAUAAAUUAUGAUGUAUUAUUAUAGGUUAAGAGAAGACAAAAGGCAAAAGUCUACUACAAUACAAUAAAUUACUCUGAAACGGGCCAUUCUGCAUAAUAAGUACUUUUACUUUCGGUACUUUAAGUAUACUUUGAUGUGAAUACUUUUGUACUUUUACUUGAGACAUUCUUUUCAGUGCAGGACUUUUACUUCUAACAGUUUUUCUACACUGUGGUGUUACGACUUUUAUUUAAGUAAAAGAUCAGUGUUUUUUUUCUUACACCUUUAAAAACCCUCAAACUAUGUAGAUAAUCCAUUAAAAUGCCUAAAUAUAUUACAAAAUCCAUCGCGUUUUCCGUUAUACUUUUAAAAUCCCAUUAAUAAAACUAAGUCAUGACAUUAUUAAUAGUUAACUUAAUCCGUUUAGUUUAAAAGUGUAAGAAUCUGACCAAUUAUCAGCGACACUUUUUCUCUCUCCAGUCUCCAAACCUGUUGUUUGGAUUGAUGACUAUCAGAACCACAUUCAUUAUACAGUUUUUUUUUUUUUCCAUUUUUCUGUCUGUUCAGUUACUGUUUAUCAGAUGAUUUCUUUUUCUGAGUUGGUUCCCAUUUCUUAUUUAUCCAUUUUGUGUUUUCUGCAUGUUCAUAUGAAUUUUCUCUAUGUUCUCGUGUAUUAUUCUGUAAAUGCUGAAGCAAACCA